CACACAUGGAGCGUCCGCUGCCGCUGUGUGACAGAAUGGAGAGGAAGAUGGAGGAAAACACAGCUAGAGACGUCGAGACUGGCAGUGAAGCGGGGGCAGAGGACGCCUUGGUGGGGAACGUAAACAAACUGAUGGUGACCCCGCCAGGUUACUCCGGAGCGCCGCGGAAAGGACAUCUGCUGUUUGAUGCUUGCUUUGAGAGUGGGAACCUCGGCCGCGUUGACUACAUCAGUGAGUUUGAGUUUGACCUCUUCAUCCGACCCGACACCUGCAACCCCCGCUUCAGAGUGUGGUUCAACUUCACCGUGGAGAACGUCCGCGAGACACAGAGAGUCAUUUUCAACGUGGUCAACUUCUCCAAGACCAAGAGCCUGUACAGAGAUGGCAUGUCUCCCGUCGUCAAGUCUACCAGCCGGCCAAAAUGGCAGAGGCUUCCCGCUAAAAACGUGUACUACUACCGCUCUCCGGACCACCGGCGUAACUACGUCAUGUCCUUCGCCUUCUGCUUCGACCGAGAGGACGAUGUGUACCAGUUUGCGUACUGCUACCCCUACACCUACUCCAGACUGCAGCACUACCUGAACAGCCUGGAGCGCAGGAACCUGCCCUUCCUGCAGAGGGAGCAGCUGGGCCUCAGCGUGGUGAGUGGGGAGGGGGAAGGGCUGUGA